CAAAAGACGGAAGGAAGCACUGCAUGUUCCUCAGAACAAUCAAUCCCCGCUGCAUUCGCGCCGCCCAGAGCAAGACAGCAAAACACGGCCUAAUUCAAGUUAUUACAACAGCAAAUGCGCAUCAGCAAUCCUCAACCGGGAUCGAGAUGAUCGGGCCGUCGCCGAACCCCCCGUAAUGCACCCGCUAUUAUUAAUCUGCAGUCCCAGUGUCUCCCUGGGAUGUGACAGAUGCCAUCGCUGCCAUGUAUAGCAUCGGGAACCAGGGCAAGAUUAUGCGCAAGCUGCUGGGGAAGCAGUCGUCGCCAGAGUCUGCCCACGAUACAGCGGCAUCAUCAGUCGCCAACGUCACCAGCUCUCCGCUUGCGCCCCAGUACCGCCCAACCGCAUCGCAGGAUGUCAUCUACGCUGCCGGUGUGCCCAUCACCUGCAUUGACAGCUCCCCCGAUGGCCGCUCUGCUGUUCUAGCCGGCCUCUACGUGCUGAGAACCGUCGGCCUCGACGGUCUCAAUGUCAGGGAGGGCAUCGAUCUGCGCGCUCUUCUUGCUGCCCAGCCCGCGCUGCGGAACAAUACGCCAACCUCGGUCGCUGACCAACUCUCGAUCAAAGCCGUCAAGUGGGGCGAGCCGCAGGGCAGGCAGGCCAUCUUCACUGCCUGCACCAACGGCAAGAUCUUUGAGUACGACCUUGGGCGUGCAGCAUUGACCUCGCUGGGCGAUCCUGUCGACUGCGUCCAGAUCCGGGAAGAUUCGCGCCAGGUCAACUCGCUCGACAUCAAUCCCCACCGAAACUCGUGGCUGCUCUCAGGUAGCCAGGAUGGCAUUGUGCGCUGCUUUGACGUCCGCCAGCCUACCCACACCCGGACAGGCGCCACCUUCCGUUCCACCCAGGCCUUCAAGUGUAACGCCGACGUGCACCAUGUCCAAUGGAGUCCCAAGGAUGGCUUCCUCUUUGCCUGCGGGACCGAGCAGGGCGUAGUGAUGAAGUGGGACAUACGCAAGCCCAAUGCCCCUCUCCUGAGGGUCAGUGCCCAUGAAAAGACAUGCACCUCGAUAGCAUGGCACCCGGACGGGAUCCACCUCGCCAGCGCGGGCCUCGAUGGGAAGUGCAAUAUCUGGGACAUGUCCAAGCAGGACAAGAGACAGAAGCCCAAGUGGACCAUCUCGACCCCGGCCCCUGCUGCCACUCUUGCGUGGCGCCCCGGUCAGUGGUCGGCCACCGCACAGGGCAAACGGGCAUCGCAGCUCGCCAUGUCAUACGAUGAAAGUAGCCGGGGGAGGUACGGCAUUAGUGCCGUACACAUCUGGGAUCUCGCGCGGCCCACAAUGCCUUACAAGGAGAUUCAAAGGUUCGACAGCUCGCCAAGCGCCAUUCUUUGGCAUGACCAGUAUCUGCUGUGGACAGCCGGGCAGGACGGCAUCUUUAGCCAGUGCGAUGUCUCCUUCGCGGCCAAAGUAAUUGAUCGCCAAGCCGUCUCGACCAUGGCCUUUUCCUCGCGCGGUGACGUUCUGAUGCUUCUCGAUGAACGCGCCCCUCCUCCUCGUCCGCGACCUCAUCUUUUACACCAUGACGCCGUUGGGAUUCCCUCGUACAGUUCAAGUCCCACAACACCCAAGUUCAGUGUGAGCCGAAGCGACUCGGAGGAUGAUGCUGUCGGCAGCUUCCUGGGCCCAAGACGGCGCGGCAGCCGACGACGACGUCCAAGCACCCGUUCUACCCCCGCGCUCAGCACCACACCGCCCGCGGCACCAGGCAUGGACGAAGUCAUGUCGCUUGAGCAAACAAUCAGGGUAACCGGCAUCUACAGGCCCCAGCAGGCGAUGGCCAUUGGGCACGCACCUGCCGCAGCCAGCGUCGAGGUGUAUGAGUACCUCGCUGUCAACUACCUGGAGGCUCUGUACCGGGAGCUUCCCCCGUACCCGGGUUGCAGCCCGCUGCCGGAUAGGCUUGCUAACAUCCUUGAGCAUUAUGCCAAAGCUGCAGCAAACGUGCGAAAGUUCCGUCUCGCGCAAACAUGGCGUAUCCUUGCUUACGCCGUUAGCAUGCUUCUUCACCGUCGGGCGCAGUAUCACCUUGAAUGCCGCAUGGACCGUCACAAUAACUCAGCGAAAAGGAAAAGCGAAAUAAAAGCUAAAUCAUGGGAAAAGUCGAUGGAGGCGCUGAUGGAGCCCGUGUUCGACGGGGAAGCGACACCACGGAAGGUUACAUCGAUGACAAGCUUGGAUAAUGCGCUCCAUCCCCGGUCUUUGCUAACAGAAGAGAUGGAGAGCACCUCCAACGUUCCCACCCCUCUCGCGCGGCCUGUGCCCGAUCAUAAUGACCCGUACCAUCCGGACGAGACCCGCAUCGGCAAAAAACUAACCCCGAUUGUCGAGCCAGAGAGCUUCACGCUUCCCCCGGCGGCCCAUUUGCCUCUGUCGGAGCCGCGUAGGCGCCUCAACUCAGUUCCCUUAUCCAUCACGAGCCACGACAGCGACGUGACUCAAGCAAGCACUGAAGGUUACGAUUUUUAUGACACUGAAGCACUCAGCAAGGCCGUGGAUGUCCCGUCGACGAGGCCAACGCCGUCACAGGUGCUCGAUUAUCACGAGCCAGGUUCUCCAAAUAUGAAUCGCAGGUCCUUGUCAAGACACGAUUCGGGGGACAGCUAUGUCCAUUUGUUUUCCAUCUCGGACGAAAGCAGACGGACCACCGGCUUGGAAAGUUCACCCGACAGUAGCACGCCAGGGCAAGCAAGGAGGCACCCCAACGGCCGUGGAAUUGAUGGGGAAUAUCCCAGCCGCAUACGCGGCAGGAGGAUUGAGCAUUCUCCAGGCCGUGAUUCAGUCCCUUCCCCUCGUCGGCUGCUCCAAAGAACAGAGACCGACAUGACCUCAUACACGGACGAGCAUCACAUCAUCACUCAAACCACGAGUGACAGUUUUGAAUCGCAACGAUAUCCAUCGCAGCACAGUGCUGGUUCCAUAGUUGGCUCGCCCCGGCUACAGGCCUCUUUGGCAGAGACGGUUGCCUCGCCAGAGGACGACAAAUCACCUUUCAUAGUCGAGACGGAUUAUCUUUGCUGGCCCGACGACCCCCCUUAUCCCUACCCAGUCCACCCAUCAUCUAGCUCUCCAAGCACUUCAUCAUCGCCCCUGCAACCCUAUACCCUCAUUUCACGUGCCCUGGAGUUUGAGGCCAAGUCUUCGGCUCUAAACGCCUCAGCCAUUGUCCUCCUCCUUAAGCCUCUUCUUCCUGAAGAUGUGAUCGACCCUUCCCAAGCCGCUGCCAUCCUUCGCCAGCACCAUGCCCGUCUUAUGAGCAUGAAGCUGUUUGUCGAGGCGGCCCUUCUCCGCAAGCUCUGCAUGAAAGGCUGGCCAGGCGGCGCACUGGCUCACACCUGGGGGGAGGACUAUCCUGCCAUCUUUACUACCGCACAGCAGGGAGUCCAGGCUAGUUUUCUCUGCACCAGGUGCCACAAACCGCGCGACGUCGACCGCACAUCGGCGUCGACACAGUCAAUUUGGCAGUGUGAGCGGUGUAAAGCUGUGAUGGCGCCGUGCGCCGUGUGUGGGUACCGGGAUACGGCCCCUAACUUGGCGUCCAUCGCUCCUGGCACGCCAAUGGGAGAGGAUCCAGUCCUGACAACGUGGUGGUAUUGCCCGGGGUGUGGGCACGGCGGCCACUCGUCGUGUCUGGCGGCAUGGCACGCCGCGGCCGAAGAGCCAAGCUCGUACGCAGCCGCGCUCGGCGACGCGCCCGGCGGCGAGUCGAGCGACGGGUGCUGUCCUCUCGACGGCUGCGGGCAUGCCUGCUUGCCUGGGGGUCGGUGGAGAGCCGAGAGCCUCGCCACGCGGACGGACGAGGUCAGCCGUGUCGUCCGUGAGGCCACACGCGCUGCUGUGGCGGUGGCGGCUGCCAAUGCCAAGGCUGUUGCGGGACCGGUCGCGGACCAUGUCAUGGGUGUGCAGGCGGGCGACGAGCAGCUCCAUGGGCCGGGCGAGGUGCAUUUUGGAGGGCAUGCGCAUGGCGGAGGAGCUAGUGUGGCUGCUGCUGCUGCGGCGGCGGCGGCGAGGCAUGCUGUGCGCAGCGACGGGAAUGAUGUGCCGCAGAGUAAGGCGGUGGAAACGGUCAGGGAGACGCUGUCGUCUGCGGUCAGUGCCUCGGCCUCCCGGGGACCGCCGGGGGCAAGCAUACUCAGCUCGAGUCCCGGGAGAGCUGGCAGUGGGAUUGGUCCCGAGAGGGAACGCCGGAAGAGUGUGAAGUUUGUUGCUACCGAGGAUAGGCGGUAGGUGAGGGAAGUGAGGGG